AUGGAUUACAUCGGUGAUCUGCUUAAUCAAAUGUCGUCUGCCUUCAAUCAGGAGACGGCCAUACCGAAGAAGGAGGAGAUCUCGAUGGACGAAACGCUCAAGUGGCGCGCGCUUAAGAACAAUCAGUUUGCAUCCCGGACUCGUUUGCCGCAGCAGCAGCAGCAAUCAGCGGGUAGCACAGGAAGCGGUACGCGUAGCAGCUUGACCAACGGACGUAAAAGCGUAGCGGGUGGUACGUCGAGCGGGAGCAACACCUCCAACAGGCAGCGGCGCCAAACAUCCGGAGGAAACUGUAACGAUAGUAGCAGUAUCGCGACAACGGUCGACGACGGAAGCAGAUCUCCGGCGGCAUUGCUUGGAGACAACGGGAAUCUAACACCUGACAUUGCGGAUGAGGAGGAUAUUGAGAUAGAGAUAGCGAAGGAUAUUAGCGGCGAAGAGUUGCAGGAAGCGCUCGGGCUUAGUCAGAUGGUAGAGGUUGAGUCUGAGGAAUUUGGAGGUGCGCUUGAGGUUGAAGAUCGGCUAGAAACGGUCGGGAACGGUGGAGAUUUGGUUGACGAAAAGAAAACGAGUCCGACGAUGGAACAACAUCGCGAUAAGGGAGCAGAAACCGUGGCGGGAGAUUGUAAAUCCGAGGACGUGAUCGACACCAAGUUGUCCUUAGGAGUGCCAUAUAGCAGCAGUGCCAGUGUGAGUCCUACGGUGCUGGUGGAACAAAAGGAUGUACCAAGUGAACAGCUCGCAAUGCUUCCAACUAAAUCUGACACAGAUGAACCGGAUGUGGCGUUGGAUAAAUCGGAUCAAUUACCAACAUCGCCAAGUUGCAAACCGAAAGUAGCCAAUUAUGUUGACGGAACUCUUGAGGAGCAGUUGAAUGUUGAAGAAAAAGUCGGUGAAAAAGCAACAAUCGAUGAUCGCGUAGAUAAUGCCGAUUUUGACGAAGGUUCAGUGAUGGAAGAUGAUGAAGAUGAUGUACUCAUCAUUAACACGGACGAGGCGGACGAGGUCGUAGAGCUGGGAGAAACGUCGAAAGAAGACGAAGAGGAUGAAGAGGAAGCGUCUGACAAGAUGCCGUCGGAAACUGACGAUCGUGCAACAACUGUUGUGGAACAAAAGGAUGAUGGUGUUCAGUCGAAGGAGGAAGUAAUAGAGACGCCCGAAUCCCAACCUAAAUCCUUAGCUGAAGAUGCUAUUUCUAAACCUGUAGUUGACAAUGUCGAGGAAAAAUUUCAUCCCAACGAAGCCACUGACGGAAAGCCGGAUGACGGGCAUGAUCGCAACAUUACCGAUCGAGCUUCCAACGAUUGUGAGGAGGUUAAAUUUUCCGACUCUCUAAAAACAUCCUGCAGUUCCACAUUAGCGAAGGAAAGUGGUGAUCCUCGAUCACCGGUAUGCGAAAAAGUGGAAGAAAAGACUGAGUCUGUGAUGGAGGAGCAUAAACCCGUCGGAAAUGAAUCAUCUGCGGACAAAGAGAUCGCCAGCAUUACGACUGAAGUAGGCGCUGAAAAGGCAGAACAACCUGCUGGACGAACAACACGUAGUAAGAAGGGUACGGUUGUGGUUGGAUCCGUCGUCAACACAUCACCAUUGGCCACUGCCACAGCACAUUCGCAGCGAAGAUCCCAGCGCUUCCAGAAGGAUUCUACCGGUGCGUCAAGCGACGGUAAAUUAAAUGGGGAAAAUCCCAUCGAGCCAAUCGUUGUUGUAAAAGAGGAAGAAUCGGACGAAUCUUUAGCAGCAAAGAAACGAAGCUCCGUUGGAGUAGCACCUCCGCUACCGGGUGUUGAGGUCAAGCUGAAAUCAACGGUCAAGUCAGAUCGAAGUUUGCGCAGUAAGCAGCAAGGAAGUAUCACCGUGAACCAACCUGCCGUAAUGACACGCCGUGUUUCGGAAACGGUUAAAGCAUCUCCGGACGAGCCGACGGAUGGACCGCAGGAUACGGACGUGGACAAAUCGAUCGUUGGCCGUCGCGGAAGAAAACGAAUGAGUCAGGAUCGGUCGGCAGCUUCGUCGGUAGUUUCGAACGAACCAGUUACACGCACAAGGGAAAAAUCGACACGUGAUGAAUCGGUUAAAGGUGAAUCGAGUGCAGCUGGGCAAGGACGUACAAGUCGCUCGGGGUUUCCUCUGGAACCGGACGAAACCGAUACCGGUGGCAAAGAGGAGGUACCGGAUGCACCACUGCCAGAAAAAGUGACUCAACAACAGCAGCAACAACAACCACAGCGUCGUGGACGAAAGCGGAAAAAUCUAAACGUCUCCGACAAAGAUAAUACAGCAACAUCUGCAGCUUCGUCGAGUGCUUCCAGUGCCGUUGUUGCUAACGCGGAUAAACCUCUUCUCCAUCCGUACAAACGUGCGGCCAGACAGUCGAGGGACGGAAGUGACGGUAUUCUUGCCUCAGCUCUGGCACGGCGCGACAAAGUUAACUCACAAGGUCGGCUGUCUCGGCAGAUUAAGCUGUCCGCAAAGAUCUUGGCCAACGAAGAGCUCCGUCAAGGUUAUGAACAGCAGCAGAACAAUGGAAGGAUCACGCUUGGCUCCGAACCAUCGGUUGCUGUCGGUCUGCAUGAGGAAGAUCUUCCAACGUCGGAUCGUGAUCGUCACUUGGAACCAGGUCCGGAGAAGCAACGUAAACUGGCUCGAGAUGCUACCGAAAUGUCGGUGGCCAGUUGCAGCACUAUCGGUAGCAGUACCGAGGAUGUAACGGUGGUGUCCGUGACCUUGUCACCACCGAAAGCUGGUACGUCUGGGACGGCGACUAAAAGAACUUCAUCCGCUCAAGUAUUGCAAAGUGAUACAUCGUCGGUCCAGCAGCAGCCGAACAAAAAGCUUAUAGGAACGUCUUCUACCGAGCGAAUGUCAGUUGCGAAACGAAUGCCCAAACAAAGCGCCCCAAACGCUUCGUGUCCCAACGUGGAGACAUUCCUGCAGGAGGUACGAACUAUGCGUCUCGGUACAAAUCGAUCGCCGGAAGAAAAUCGUAAGCUUAACCGUCGCCAGCAGAAACGAAUGGUGAAGAUGAAGGAGAAGUUUAUGAAUUCAUUGAGUCUGCGUCGCCGUAGCGCUCAACAAUCCCGCAACGGAACGGAUGGCAAUGAGUUCGAUGUGGAGCAGUCCGGCGGUGAGCCGGAGUCGAGUGGUAGUGAAGCAGACUUUGUCCCAACACAGAAAAUAGGAACGGUCGGUAAACCGAGCGUUACGUUGCGCCUCCGCAAGCCGGAAACACUGUUGGAAAAUCAUACGCGCAAAGUAACACCUGCUCCUGGAAACCGCUUACCGUUAGUGACGCUUCCGAAAGGUGCGUCUGGUAUGCCGAAACUGAAUGUUGGACGUUCCUCCGCUGGCUCUACUGGACAUGUGCGCCAGGUAGGUAAGCAGUCGAACGGCGGAAAGUCAGCAACGGUGAACGGACCGGGAAGAGUACGUCCCUCGUCGGGUGCAGUGAUUUUACCAGCCGCAAUGACCACCCUGGGUGCACGAUCUACAUCAAAAACAGUCAACAGCACAUAUUCCUCCGCAAAUCCCGCUGCUAACGCACUGCUCAAGGAUAAAGAAACGGAACAGUUGCAGCGCUCGCUGCAACGACUUGGCUGUGAGGUCACGUUGAUACCAACAACGGCGGCCGGUCGUACUGUUGAUACACGCCCCGCGUUUGAUGCUACGCCAGUGGCCGGCUCAUCCCGAUCCGGAGCAGCAAAUGUUUGGCCGUUACGGCGCUUAAAGGAUAGCGCAGGUCCACAAAGGUCCCGGUCGCAACAGAAUGCAGCCACACCGCCUAUUCUACCCGGUACGACCUCGCCGAGCUUGCAGAUCGUGCUGGGAAGUGCGGGAUCACCAGCACCGGUGCAAGAUUCUUCCAGGUUGCUGUCGUCCAGAACGGCACCGACCGCUUCACCGUCGUCGGAAACGCUCGUCUGUCAUUGCCGCCAGAAGUCGGACAUAUUCGUGGAAAAGACGGUUGGCAAUGGGUUCUGCACGGCGAUAGACGAUAUCGAUGGUCAGCAGAUUGGUUGCUGCAACGAGCUGUCCAACGAUCUGCCGAACAUGCUGCGUCCGAGUCCGAGGGUUAGCUUUCAGCUGCUUUGCAACAUGCACCGGAAGCGGUUGGAGGACCAUGGUUGCUGUGCCAUCUGUGGAAGGUUUUGUACGCAGGGUAACUUUGCAAUGUGCAAAAACGCACAUAUAUUUCAUCCGAAUUGUGCCGAUAAGUACAUGCUCAACACGCCGUACAACCCGGCCCGCCCGGAGGACUAUGCAGCACCAACGCUGGUGCUAAAGUGCCCUCACUGCAAUCAGGAAUGUCCGAACAGAGAGAUCGAGGUGAACAUUCAGCUUACAUCGCCUCCAGUGCUAUUGCCAUCCCGAAAAAGUAUAGUUAAACCUGCUAAAAUGACGGUUUCCAAAACUAGUGACAACAAAGCUAAUGGUGUCAGUGGAUCUACCAACGUUAGUGAGAGUUUCCGUACCACCGUUAAAUCAUUAGUACCGAGAAGCCUGAAGAACAUGCUUUCGGAGGAUCACGCUGCUACAAAUGGCAGUGGUGUUAAUACGGCUCACGCAACGACCAGUAAUGCUGGUAGGAUAAGUUCUACCAAAGACACUGGUACGACUGGAACUGGGAAGAAUCGUUUUACGGCGAAAGAUUUCUUGCACGCCGUAUGCACGAAGAAGGAUGAUGCGCUUGUUUCGGAAAUCAUCACUUCCGGAUUCGACAUCGAAACACGGUUUCGAGAGUUUCAUCAUGGUACCUGUCUGCAUGUUGUGUGUAAUUACGGUACGCUUGCAAUGGUCUACCUAAUCAUGUGCCGCGCCCGUUCGGUGGACUAUCUGAACAUUGUCGAUCGGGCACUGCGUACCGCUGUAAUGUGGGCGGUAAUGGGUUCGAAGUGCGAUAUCGUAAAGCUGCUGUUGGACAGUGGUGCCGAUGCAACGCUCAAAGGUCCGUACGGUUUGACCGUGCUGCACUUGGCGGCCAAACUUGGUCAGCACGAAGCCGUACGCACGAUACUGGAGUGUGCACGGCAACGGUUGACCGCACGCGACCUGAUGGCGUUCGUGAAUGCGGUCGAUAAUGGGAGCUGGACGGCACUAGCCUGGGCGGCCGAGAACCGUCACAAGCAGACGGUCGAGCAGUUGAUCUCCAUUGGAGCGGAUGUGAAUGUGUGCGAUCGAUUGAACAAUACAGCGCUACAUUGGGCUGCACUGUCCGGUUGCUCCGAUACGCUAUACUUGCUGAUGACUAAGGCCUGCAAUCCGAAUCUGCAGAAUAGCAACGGAGAGACACCGCUACAUAUCGCUUGCCGCCAGGGUCAUGCUGAAAUUUGUGUGGUAUUGCUAGCCAUGGGUGCUUCCUUGAAUGUUCGCAACGCUUCCAAUAAGCUGCCUCAGGACACGAUCGAGAAUCCAAACAGUGAAUGUGCAAACAUUAUAGUAGCGAAUGUGAAAAUGCGUAACCUUUCAAGCAAUCUGAAAGAAACGCACAUACUAUCCAGCGAUAUAUCCAAGGGUAGAGAACGCCAUCCGAUACAGGUCGUGUACUAUACCAGGGGCAAGAACGAUCGUCAGCUUUCUGUACCGAAAUUUAAGUACAUACGGAGCAAUGUGCAGAUCGAUUCUCGUAUCACAAUCGAGCCGGACGCUCGCAACAUGCCCGUUUGUUCAUGUGUUGAUAGCUGUACGUCAACUCAAUCGGAGUGCCUCUGUUCGGAACGUACCUGGUAUACAAACGAUGGACGGUUGAUGAACGACUUCAACUACCUUGAUCCACCGACCGUUAUCGAGUGUGGUGACCUGUGCGACUGCAAUCGGCGGUUGUGUCGGAAUCGGGUCGUGCAGCAUGGUCUCCUUAUACCGCUGCAGCUAUGCUACAUCCCUGGCAAAGCUUGGGGUGUACGUACGAUGCUGCCUAUUCCGAAGGGUAGCUUUUUGGUGGAGUAUGUUGGGGAGAUACUGUCCGAUGAAGCAGCCAAUCAUCGGCUUGACGAUAGUUACCUGUUUGAUCUUGGCAAUGGCUUUUGCAUCGAUGCCAGUGCGUACGGGAAUGUGAGCCGAUUCUUUAACCAUUCCUGUCAACCAAACGUUUCACCAGUGUCCGUAUACUACGACCAUAAGGAUCAGCGUCACCCAAGGGUAGCAUUGUUUGCCUGCCGCGACAUUGAAGCACAGGAAGAAAUAUGCUUCGAUUAUGGUGAAAAGUUUUGGAUGGUAAAACGUGGCUCACUGGUGUGUCGGUGUAAUACGGCCAAAUGUCGUUAUCGACUGGUGGAGUAA